UGCUGUGAUUACAAGCGUGAGCCACCGCACCCGGCUUUUUUUUUUUUUUUUUUUUUUUUUUGAGACACAGUCUCGCUCUAUCGCUGGGGCUGGAGUGCAGUGGUGCGAUCUCGGCUCACUGCAACCUCAGCCUCCCAGGUUCAAGCGAUGCUCUUGCCUCAGCCUCCCAAGUGGCUGGGAUUACAGGCACGCGCCACCACGCCCGGCUAAUUUUUGUAUUUUUAGUAUUGAUGGGCUUUCACCAUGUUGACCAGGCUGGUCUCUAACUCCUGGGCUCAAGUGAUCCUCCUGCCUCGGCCUCCCAAAGUGCUGGAAUUACAGGAGUGAUUACCGCGCCCGACCUAAGCUUCGUUUUCUUACUGACCUUUCCAUUUAGAACACUUUUAGAUAAACAGAAUUCUUUUGAGGGCAGUAGAAUCCUCUAUACCCCACACAAGGCAGGUUUUUCAACUCGAACUUCUACUUCCACCCCACGCAGGCUCUCCACACUUCUCGCCUCUGACCUAGGGUUCUGGCAGGGCCUGAUCCUCACAGCCCAAUUUCAGGACUGUGAGGAAAGCUCAGCUUAGACCAAACGUCAUCGCUCAGACACAACUGGGUCAAGCGUCAAACUCGCGGAAACCCGAGUCCGGAAAUCCUAACGCUCUGGCUCCACCUAGCCCCGCUCCCCGAGAGACCUGCAGAGCCCUGGCCGACUUUGCGGUUCCAGCUCCGGCCUCAGGAGGCGAGAAGCGAGGAUCUCGCCCAAGCCCCUCCUCCAGGGGCAGGUUCUCGAAGCCUGAACAUUUUUAACCUCAAAACGCCCAGGAUCUCGGAGGCGUGUGCUGUAUGCCACAUAAAUGCACAACACGUAACAACGACUCAUUGUUCAGCGCCACGCCUGCAGACCCUUCUCAGGCGCAGCCGCCCGGGCUCGCGGCCCACACACCGCAGCCGCCGCAAGCCCUUCUCGGCGCGGCGCGGGGGCUGGGCUGGGAGGCAGAGCGGGGGCAGGGCGCGCGCUCGUGAGAACGUCCGGGGAGCGCGCGCGCCGACGCCGAAGCCGCCGGGCCGAGCAGAGUCGGAGUUGUUGCCUGUGGGGUUUGCGGUUGAUGGCUCCCGCUGACGGGCUGGCGGCGGCGUCUGCCGCUGUUCCUGCUGUUGCUGCCGAGACCUCCGUUCGCUUCUGGUCAUGAGAGGAGACAGUCCUGAAGCAAAGAUAUUUGGGUCAGAGAAAAAGUAGUUAAGGGCCAUGCAAGCCAAUCGUAGCCAACUACACAGUCCUCCAGGAACUGGAAGCAGUGAGGAUGCCUCAACCCCUCCGUGUGUCCACACAAGAUUGACAGGAGAAGGCUCUUGUCUUCAUUCUGGAGAUGUUCAUAUCCAGAUAAACUCUAUACCUAAAGAAAGUACAGAAAAUCCAAGCUCCAGAAAUACAAGAUCAGGCGUCCACAGCUGCGCCCAUGGAUGUGCACACAGUCGCUUACGGAGUCAUUCCCACAGUGAAGCAAGGCUGCCUGAUGUUACUGCCACAGAGUCUGGAGAUCAUGGUAGUAGCUCCUUCUCAGAACUCCGCUAUCUCUUCAAGUGGUUGCAAAAAAGUCUUCCAUAUAUUUUGAUUCUGAGUGUCAAACUUGUUAUGCAGCAUAUAACAGGAAUUUCUCUUGGAAUUGGGCUGCUAACAACUUUUAUGUAUGCAAACAAAAGCAUUGUAAAUCAGGUUUUUCUAAGAGAAAAAUCCUCAAAGAUUCAGUGUGCUUGGUUACUGGUAUUCUUAGCAGGAUCUUCUGUUCUUUUAUAUUACACGUUUCAUUCUCAAUCACUUUAUUACAGUUUAAUUUUUUUAAAUCCUACUUUGGACCAUUUGAGCUUCUGGGAAGUACUUUGGAUUGUUGGAAUUACAGACUUCAUUCUGAAAUUCUUUUUUAUGGGCUUAAAAUGCCUUAUUUUAUUGGUGCCUUCUUUCAUCAUGCCUUUUAAAUCUAAGGGUUACUGGUAUAUGCUUUUAGAAGAAUUAUGUCAAUACUACCGAACUUUUGUUCCCAUGCCAGUUUGGUUUCGCUACCUUAUAAGCUAUGGGGAGUUUGAUAAUGUAACUAGAUGGAGUCUUGGGAUAUUGCUGGCUUUACUCUACCUCAUACUAAAACUUUUGGAAUUUUUUGGGCAUCUGAGAACUUUCAGACAGGUUUUACGAAUUUUUUUUACACGACCAAGUUACGGAGUGACUGCCAGCAAGAGACAGUGUUCAGAUGUGGAUGAUAUUUGUUCAAUAUGUCAAGCUGAAUUUCAGAAGCCAAUUCUUCUCAUCUGUCAGCAUAUAUUUUGUGAAGAGUGCAUUACCUUAUGGUUUAACAGAGAGAAAACAUGUCCACUGUGCAGAACUGUGAUUUCAGAUCAUAUAAACAAAUGGAAAGAUGGAGCCACUUCAUCACACCUUCAAAUAUAUUAAGUUGUAUAAACUAUUAAGGCCACAAAAUACUAAUUAAUGUCAUUUGGUCAUAAUGACUAUUGAUUAAGGCAUCAAAAUGGAUUUUCAGGGCUACAAGAAAAAUGUUUCUAGAUGGUUUUAGAAUGUAAGACUUACGGUCCAUUUCAUCAAAAGAUUAAAUGAAAGAACCCUAUGUUUUAAAAUAUGUAUAAUGUUCAACCUACUGUGUAUGCAACAUUUAUUUUAAUUAUUUGACAGGUAACUGCAGUGUUAAAUUGUAAAUGUGUUUUCUUAAUGUUAACAAAACCACAAUUUGUAGAAUUGGUGGUUUUAGAGAACUCAGGUAUUCCUUCCUGACAUUGUUUUCAGAAUAAAGAAUAUUUUUCAUAAUAUUUUAAGAUACAUAUCAGAAAUAAUUUUGUUCAGCAUUGACUUUUAUAAUUCCCAUCCUAAAAAUUCUUAAUAUUUUCAUAAAAUUUGUAUUUUUAAAUGAAAGUUCUAAAUGUUGUAUUUUAUCAUUAACAGAUUUUUCUAAGUUUACUGAAGAUGAUACAUUUUAAUAUUGUAUUAUUCUCUGUAGUAUGACCAGAAUCAGUGAAAAUAAAUUAUUUAAAUUCA